ACCGCUGGAUGGCGUAGUUCGCUAGGAAUUGUGGGAUUGUUUCCAAAAAUAGCACCACAACAGUUUCUCCGAGUCCGCCAUUUUUCGCGAGUGGUUGUGUGUAGCAGACAGUAUCAACUGAAGACCCUUCAGCAUGGCUCGUACGAAGCAGACAGCCCGUAAGUCCACUGGUGGGAAGGCCCCCCGUAAGCAGCUGGCCACCAAGGCGGCCAGGAAGAGUGCUCCAUCAACCGGGGGUGUGAAGAAGCCCCAUCGUUACAGGCCCGGUACUGUGGCUCUUCGUGAAAUCCGUCGGUACCAGAAGUCCACUGAGCUUCUCAUCAGGAAACUGCCAUUCCAGCGCUUGGUGCGUGAGAUCGCCCAGGACUUCAAGACGGAUUUGCGGUUCCAGAGUGCCGCCAUCGGAGCACUGCAGGAGGCCAGUGAAGCAUACCUGGUGGGUCUGUUCGAGGACACCAACCUGUGUGCCAUCCAUGCCAAGCGUGUCACCAUCAUGCCCAAGGACAUCCAGCUGGCCCGCCGUAUCCGCGGCGAGCGUGCUUAGGCAGCGUGGCACCGCAUCCCUCAGCUUUCCAUGCUCUUAUUCCAGUAUACUGUAUGUUAGGCAAUAGUGUAAGCAACUAAUGUGUGUAUAAGUAUGUUGCUAUGUAGUCGAGUAGAUGGCUUCACAUGUGUCCCGUACUGAUAGCUCGAUCAUGAUGAACUGUGGGGAGAUGAACUUGUUCUAGGGUUUUGCCUUUAGCAUAUAAAAUCUUCAUGUACGUGAUCCUGAAGGCAUCUGAAUUUGAAAGGCAAGGUUGGAGUCAUCUACCUGUACUGUACUUGUUAUGAUAGCCGUGCUCAAUGACCAGUAUUUUGUAUGUGUGAGACGUAGUGGGUUUUUAGUCGUCUUUUUAUCGGUAUGGUUUCUCCCAGGAGAGGACAUGGGGCUCUGUUGGUGAGUUAGGUGGUUUUCUUUUGCAAGUCCCAUUUUCCAGCAAACAGCGACCAAUAAGGGUGCACUUUAGCUGGGUUAGGCAUGACCUGGUUCCUAUGGGGUUACCUGAUUGGCUGCCCAAUGGAAACAGGUUCAUGCCUCGUCCAGCAAAAGUU